GACAAGACGACUUUCUCUACCUGCUCUGUAAAACAAAAUACCACUUGGUUUCUCCCCUAUCCCCGCAAAACUAUCCAUCGUAGUUUGUUCACACUAUCUCCGUACGUCUCUGUCUCUGGCGCUUUGUCUAGCGUAUCGUGUCUGCAACGGAUUCUUUCAGGCAUAAAUAGUUAGUUCUCCGUCAGUGUAACAUCGAUAACAGGCCGAAUUUAUCUGAUAGAACUACGGAUAUGGGGAUUGUUGGAAAUCUCAGUUCAGACCAACUCCAAUUCUUCAAUUCUCAGGGGUAUCUGGUGAUGGAGUCAUUUGCAAGCCCUGAAGAGAUAGAUAGCAUGAGGAAGAGGAUGGACCAGUUGCUUGAUGAAUUUGAUUGCUCUUCCAACGCCUCAAUUUUCUCCACCAAGAACCAGCAAAAGUUGACUGAUGACUACUUCUACGAGAGCGCCGAGAAGAUUUCAUUUUUCUUUGAAGAGAAAGCUUUUGAUGAUGAUGGUCACUUAAAGCAGCCGAAGCAACUAUCGAUCAACAAAGUUGGGCAUGCAUUACAUGAGAUUGACCCAGUAUUUAAGCAGUUUUCUGGCUCAGAGAAAGCAUUUGGCUUAUUGUGCUCGUUGGGUUACAGGAGGCCAGUGGUCAUUCAGUCAAUGUACAUAUUUAAGCAACCAGGAAUUGGGGGAGAAGUAGUACCCCACCAGGAUAAUUCGUUUCUUUAUACUGAACCACCAACUUGCACUGGACUGUGGCUGGCUUUAGAAGAUGCAACCAUUAUAAAUGGUUGCCUAUGGGCUAUUCCUGGCUCACAAAAAAAUGGCCUUGUGAGAAGAUUCAUUAGAGAUGACAAAGGGGUUCACUUUGAUCAACCAUCCCCAUCUUAUGACCAAAAAGAUUUUGUUCCUAUUGAAGUCAAAGCUGGCUCCUUGGUUGUCAUUCAUGGCGAUCUUAUUCAUCAGAGUUUUGAGAACAAGUCCUCAAAAUCAAGGCAUGCAUAUAGCUUGCAUGUGGUGGACACUGAUGGCUGCAAAUGGGCACAGGAAAAUUGGUGA